UGAGGGGGGAAAGGCGGAAGAAGCUUUCGCUUUCCCGGCUGUUGCUUUCCUUCCGCCCUCUCUUCUCUACAUGGGCUGUAGUAAUUAUUAUUCGUGAGUGCCGCCAUAAGCGCGCAUCAACAAACAAGAGCCUCGACCUCCCGCGGCGUACCUCUCCUCUCCAUCUCUCUUCUCGCCUCCCGCGGCGCCCGGGUUCCCACGGCUGGAGGAGCUGCGGCGAGGCCUCUGCCUGUGCACGCGACGGCCGGCGGCUGGUCGUCGGAGCCGCGUGCCGACUGCGGAGAGGAGGCGACGUCAGGACGAGAUCCUUGGAUGAUAAGAAAGUCAAUCUCCUUCGUCCUGCAGAGACUCUGAUAUCGCCAUCGAAGCACACGCUGGAUCUCCCUGGCUGGCACCAUCAUGCUGCAGUACCUGGACUUCUCUCAUGCCAGCACCUCAAGGAAGUGGGGGCACAAGAGACAGGGCGAUGGAUUUGAAGCUCCAAGAAACAGCAUGGAGUUCGCCUUGGAGGCUUCCCACAGCUACGGCGUUUUCCAAGAGGAUGUCCCGUAUUCCUGCAAUAUGAGGCAGUAUCCAAAAUCCGGGCCCAGCCACAGCUCUACCCCAAUCAAGAAGCUGAUCCAUGAGGACAUUUCCUUCAGAACAAAUGAAGGCCAGAAGAGGCCCAGCGUCAUCGCCAGACUGAUGGGCAUGGAUUCACCUCCACUGAACACAAGCACUGAAUCCAUCAGCCGUUCAGAAGAAAGAAGAUCAGUGCCAAGAAGCAGAGAUCCUUCUGAAAUGAUCUCAACCAAGCAUGUCUCCUUCGUGCCACACGAUAAGGACUCCAUCAAGCAUGCACCAAAGCAAGAAAUCCGAGCCUACGACGACGAGAGGGAUGUGUUUGGGCAUCCUAGCAAGAGGAACAAUGAGUGGAGUAAGCCGCAGCCGCGAGAGCACCCGCAAGAGGAGGAGCUGCAGAAGUUCAAGAAGGAGUUCGAGGCAUGGCAGGCGAGCAGAGCAUGGGAGCAAUCAAGAAGUUUUGAACUGGAGAGCAACCUCGAUGACGACGACGAUGACAAGUGCACGGAUAUCGUGCCGUACAGGCACCAGCACCACAAAGGGAAAGAUGCUAGCAGUGGCAACAAGUACAUUCACUCCAAUGACGAUGUGCAUCGGAGAAGAAGCAAGGAGAGCAGCACAUCAAUUUCCGGCAGCCGUACGUUCUCUCUGGCGAGCGCAGACGCGUGUUCCACGAGGCUGCCACUCUCCAGGUUCUACCACGAGGAGGAGAGGUCGUUGUCGCCGACGAGGAUCGUCGUCCUGAAGCCCUGCCCGGAGCUGAGCAUGGACGACAUCGAGGAGUCGUCGCUGGGGUCGCCGGAGCUGGUGAAGAAGGAGAACAACAUGGAGGCCUUCCUCGAGGAGGUGAAGAAGAGGCUAAAGAUUGAGCUCGAGGGGAGCAUGGCCUCCGACGACAAGGCGAACCGGUGGGCCGUCGGCGACAUCCCGGCCGACCCGAAGAAGAUCGCUCGGAACAUCGCAAACCAGAUCAGGGAGAACGUCACGAGGGACUUGCACCCGGCGCUGGUGCGGUCGGAGUCGACACGAUCAUACCGCAGCGACGUGCCAUUCAAUGGCCAGAACCAGAUGGAUUACAUCGGCAGAGAUGCCAGGAGGCAGCUCUCUGACAGGCUGAAGAACGUGCUGCGAAGGGAGCCGGACGCCGAGCCGCCGUUCUCUCACCGGAGAAGGGCCGCCUCGACGUCGUUCGACGAGGAGCCGAGGCCCAAGCCAAGGCACGACAUGGCAUCAAGGAAGGGGAAGAUCAGGAGGAAGGAGGAGAAGAAGUGCGCGAUCGAGUCCGACGUCAGGUCCUUCAGAUACGGAUCAUCAAACAAGACACCAACGACCCAAUUGGACUCGGAGCCGGUAUCGCCGAGAAACCUCAUGAGGUCGUUCUCGGCGCCGGUGUCCGGGACGACCUUCGUGAAGCUCCUCUCGGAGGAGCCCCGGGUGCUGACCGGCGCACGGCUGCAGCGCAAGCAGGAAGGCUACGGGAGCAGGCCGUCGUCGUCAGAGGAGAGGAAAGGGAGGAAGGACGCUUUCGGCAUCAAAGGCAAGGUGUCCAACUUGAGGCAGAACCUGGGGCUCAGAGCCAAGCUGUUCGGCAAGAAGUUCCACGCCUCCGACGAGUCGUCGUUCCCGGACGACCUCCCUCCGAUCGGCACGCUGGUCACCGCACCUUCGGUUCUCAUACACCCCGGCGUUCUCCAGGAGAACUCAACCGAGGUGCCGCCGAGCCCGGCGUCGUGGUGCAGCAGCCCGCCUGACGAGAUGAGCAGGGGAGGCUACCCAAGUCCUGUCUCGCCGUUGGAGGCCGCCUUCAGCGGGCACCGAUCGCCCUUGAGGACGGCAACAAAGGACAUGAUCUCAAGUGGUUGUGAACCAGGAAUCUUGUCAGAACAAUUUCAGACGACUGAAGAACGAGCUGAGACAAGUCCUGUCCUGGACGACCAGGACGACGACAUGGACGAGUUAGAUCACCCUAUCAAAUCCUUCAUCAGAGACGUUCUCGUUGUCGCCGGCAUGUACAGAUCGAGGCAGAAUCCCGUCAACUUGUUAUCAGACUGCGAAGCUAAGCCGAUCCCCAAGCGGGUGUUGGAGGAAGUCGAGUUCUCGUCCUCAACCGUGGCAGCUUCAUCCAAUGUCGGUGCGGCAGCCAUCGACCACCGGCUCCUCUUCGACCUGAUCAACGAGGCGCUCCCAGGAGCUGUCCGGUCCUCGACGACGCUCUGCACAUUCGACAAGUUCUAUGCCGCAGCACCAAGAAGAGCCCCCGGCGGCAAGAAGCUUCUAGAGGCACUGUGGAAGUCCGUGCAGGUGUGGCUAGAACCUCCAAGCCAUAGUAAGACGUCGAGCUCUGCCUCCGUGGACGUGCUGAUCGGCCGUGACCUGAGCAUGUCAGCGUGGCAUGGUGCGUUCCGUGACGACGCCGACGCGUUCGGAGAAGAGGUGGAGGCGGAGAUACUGGACGAGCUGGUUGAUGAGAUGGUGUGGGACGUGCUCCUCAACGUGGGGGACUGAUGAUUCGUAGGUCUCUUCUGACGAGUAUACUUGUACAUUUUAGGGUGCCUUUUUUUUUUUACCUCUUCUGAGUGCUUGCUGGAAUUGCGAUCGUGUGUUAGGUGAGUGAAAAAUGUAACUAUGUUUGCGCGUGGAGAAUUCUAAAUUUACACUAAGAAAUGCAUAAAGAAGCAAAAAUAGAGUGGAUUUAG